AGUCACAAGGUCACAUGAGCUCACCGUAACAGCCACCUGGCCAUCUUUUUCUGAAUUUGUGUGUGUGUGUGUGUGUGUGUGUGUGUUUGUUUUCUUUCAGAAGCAAUGUGACACAGAUGACAUUUGCCAUAAAGCUCUUCCCACAGAAAAAAUGCAAGCCCAGCUCAUUUCCAGUGCAUGAUAAUUAUUAAGGCUCCCAUGAUGAAACUGAUAUCUUUUUAGCUAAUGAUUAACCUUAAGCCCUCCUUCCCUUUAAAUAUUUGUAUUAAAAGGGCAAUACAGAGACUGAAGGCAGUAGGCAUGAGUGGUUUAUUCUCUAACUCUAGAGACAAGAGUGUGGAGUCAUCUGAUAAGGUUCAAGAGUGGUAGGCCAGGCAGUGAGGGGACUGAUUUAUUAGGACUAGAAAAUAAAGAGGUUCUUUUGUGUGACCCAGUUGAAUUCAGGAUGUUUCUAAGCUUCACCAUGCUGGUUUUACUGGUGCCAGCAAUGUUGGUAUGGUACAGACAGCAGCUAUUCACUUCUCUAUUUAUUCAGCUCCAUAGUUUUCUUUUGGGAAGUCUGCUGUAACUAGAGAGUUUAAAACAUUUUGUUGUACAGAAUUCUAGUGUUUAGAAUAAUGCUUUACUUGUCAAGACUUUAAGAGUGGCUCUAUAUUCAUAUGACUUGGGGUAAGUCAGACAGUCACAGUUUUGAUUCAGCUUCCCUGACUGGACACCAAUACCAACCUCAGAGGUCUUUAUUCAUUUUAUUGAUGUCCUUGGAUAAAAGCUAAUAGAAGAAAGACAAUAUGAUUCACAGUCUUAUUAAGUUAUAAAUGUUCACCCUUUAUUUUGAAUAGAGAACAGAUGUGGAGGGAUAAAAUGUCUCUGUUAGUCUCAUUUUGUAAGCCCUGAUACCCUGCUGUUUUAUUGAAAAACUCUCCAGGGCAGUAGCUGGGAACAUGGGUGUGUGAUUCCUGGUGUUUUGGGUAGGUCACAUCUUGGAACAGUAACCCACAAAGUGCUGAGCAGGGACUGGCAAGGGAAGAUCAGCAGCAUGUGCCUCCUCACCAUGCACAGCUGGCAGAUCACCUGGACUCCACUGCUGGUACUAGGGUACCUCUUUUACCUCCUCCUGGGUGCUAUGGUGUUCCAGCUGCUGGAGAAGCAGGCAGAAACACAUUUUUGGUACCAGUUCCAGCUGGAAAAGUUGAAGUUCCUGCCGAAUUACACGUGCUUGGACAGAUAAGCCCUGAAGCAGUUUGUUCAGGUCCUCAUGGAAGCAUGGGGAAAAGGGGUCAAUCCAGAAGGAAACUCUACAAAUCUCAGUAACUGGGACUUCAGCAACUACUUCUUUUUUGCAGAAACUGUUGUCACCACUGUAGGUUAUGAUAACCUGUCCCCCAGCACAGUUGCAGGACAGAUCUUCUCUGUGUUUUAUGCCUUAUUUGGAGUGCCCCUUAAUCUGGCCUUCCUUAAUCAGCUGGGGAAAGCUCUGAAUGCUCAUCUGCUUACCCUGGAAAGAUGGAUGCAAAAGCCAGGACGUGCCCAGGUAGUUCAAACACUGGCAGUGGCCAUCUUCCUGACCACUGGGACCUUGCUUUUUCUGGUGUUCCCACCAUUAGUCUUCAGUUAGGUAGAAGGCUGGAGCUACAGAGAAGGCUUUUACUUCACCUUCAUCACCCUGAGCACCAUUGGAUUUGGGGACUAUGUAGUAGGCAUGAACCCCAACAAGCACUAUAUCUCCAUGUACAGGAGCCUAACUGCGAUAUGGAUUGUUUUUGGCUUGGCCUGGCUGGCUCUGGUCUUCAACGUGGGAACUGACUUGAUGGAAAGGUAUCUUCAGCUAAAGUGGCACAAGUCUGACUUAAGCUUGGCAGAAGGAGACACCACCAAAUUGGAAGAUGAACCUGAGCAGCCUAGAAUCCAUAUCCCUAGCUGAAUAAGGUACAAAUAAAGAAUUCCUGAAACUGCAUCUUCCAUCUGUAUCUCAUACUAAGUGACCCCUGUGGAUAAAGGACUAAACCACAGGUUGUGGACUGUUUCCUAAAGAGGAAAUGUUUCAGAUACAUGGAAAUUUCCACACCCUGUGUAGGCAUCAGCCAGUUAAAACCACAAGGAAGGUGCAUACAUGGUUACACAACUAUCCCAGAAUUCAUUUUAUGCUUCUCAUUCUAAGGCAACUUCCCCUGAAGUAAUAAAUUGUGGCAGGAUUUCUGAGAGAGAGAGGGCAUGAUUUAUGUCUGGAAUGAGAUUUGAGCUCCAGCCUAGGCCUCAGAUACGAGCCUUGUGAGGCCUUCCAAGCCUGUGACGCAGUAAGAAAAAGAGCUUGUGGUGCAGUUAGAAAUUAUAUUAAGGUGUGAUGUGAAGCACUGCGUUUUCUGGGUGUGAAUUAGUAUAGGUUUAUAGUGUAGAGUUUAGUCCACCUUAAGACAAAGACAAGCAAUGUUAGCUUGCCAAUGAGAGUGCCUUUGUAAGCUGUAAACUAUAUUGAAGUGUAUAUAAACUGCCAUCUUCUCACUAAUAAAGGGAGAAUGUUUGAUUGAC